ACAAAUUCUCAAUAAAUCCUUACUCUUUGUUAUUGAUAAUUUAUUUGAUCUAUCUAUAUCUAUUGAUACCUACGUACCUAAUUGAGGCUACCACCGUACCUAUCCUUUUUGUUAGGGCAAGAUUCAUUUUGUUCGAAAAAAGUCGCUUAAUUUUUGGUUCCCCGCCAAUUAUUCCUACUGGCAACCUUUUUUCUAAACUCGAGGCUAAAGCAAAUACCACCCACUCGCAACCAUCAACAUGUCUAGAUUCUUUCGUGGCGACAGUUCCAGCGAGAGCAGCUCCGAUGAGGAGGAGGAUCUCUACUCUGACGACGAAGAAGUUCAAGAGCAACCCGAAGAAGAAUCUGAAGAAGAUGAUUCGGAGGAGGACGAUGAUGAUGACGACUCUGAUUCCAGCAGCGAUGAUGGAGCUGGCAAAAAGACCGGCGCGAACGCUUUCUUGAAAGAUGACUCCGAUUCCGAUAGCGAGAGCAGUGGAGAUGAGGGAAUAAAGGUCGUAAAGUCUGCGAAGAACAAGCGAUUCGAAGAACUCGAGGCUACCGCGAAGGCCAUCGAAAAUGGCGAGAAGAUUAAUGAUUGGGGAUCGAUCUCGGCAGGUCCGUAGAUUCUACUAAAAGAUAUUUCCUCACGACAUAGCUAACUAUUGUGUUACAGAGUUCGAUAAGCUCAACCGACAGGUCGCCAAGCUUUUACAAUCCGGCACAACUCCAAAGGUUUACAUCAAAGCACUCGCCGAGUUGGAAGAUUUCAUGAAUGAGACCUUGGCGAAGCAGAAGGUGACGCCAAAGAAGAUGAAUGCAACCAAUUCUAGAGGUUUGAAUGCUGUUAAGCAAAAGCUCAAGAAGACCAGCAAGGAGCAUCAGAAGGACAUCGACUCUUUCAGAGCGGACAAAGAUGCGUACAUGGAAUCAGAGGAUGAGGAAGUUGUGGCACCAAAACCAAAGAAAGCCAAGUCCUCAGCUGCAGCGCAAAAUCUUGCCAUCGACGAUGACGAUGAUGAAGGAUGGGGUACUGUUGGUAAGGGCGGACGAACUCUCCAAUUCACGCCAGAGAGUAUUCUUAAGCAUUUGAGGACCAUUCUAGAGUCCAGAGGUAAGAAGAAUACCGACCGCAACGAGCAAAUUAAGAUCAUGGAAAAGUUGUAUGAAGUAGCAGCUACUCCUUACCAACGCAUCAGAGUCCUCUUGACCCUUAUUUCCACAAGAUUCGACAUGACUACUGGUACUCAAACUUUUAUGUCCCAAGAGCAAUGGAAGGCAGCGGAGAAGGAAUUCGCAGCAUUACUAAGCGUCGUCGAAACAAACCGGGAAUUUGUUGUUGUGGAGACCGCAGAACCAUGGGAGGAUGAUGAAAAGCUUCCUACGGUUGCUGAUGGCGAAAAAUUCAAGAUUCCAGGAAGCAUAGUCUCUUUUGUCGAAAGACUCGAUGACGAGCUUACAAGAUCACUUCAACAUAUCGAUCCCCAUACUGCCGAAUACAUUGAACGCCUUUCUGAUGAGAGUGAUCUUUACAACAAUAUUGUCAGAACUAUGUUGUACCAGGAAGAAAUCAGCAAGGACGAUAGCUUGACUGAACCCCAACGCAGCUUGAACAGAGUUGUUAUGAGAAGAUUGGAGCACGUGUACUUCAAGGUUUGUAAUCUAACGUUUAUAUCAGAAUCUCUACUUAUUUUUUAUAGCCAUCCGCGGUCAUUAAGAUACUCGAUGAAAAUUGCUGGAAAGCGAUUCCCGCAGAGCUCGAUUCCACCAUCACACCACGAGGUUCCGUUCAAGAUGCCAAGACCUUGGUCAACAUUCUCUGCAACUACCUCUACAUCAACACUGAGGGCGAGGGACUCACCAAAGCUCGGGCUAUGCUUUGCCAAAUCUAUUUCGAAGCUCUACAUGACAACUACUACAAAGCUCGUGAUAUGAUGCUUAUGUCUCACUUGCAAGAAACUAUCAAUUCGUUCGACGUUCACAGCCAAAUCUUGUUCAACCGUACCCUCGUUCAAGUCGGUCUCUGUGCUUUCAGAGCUGGCUUGGUGUAUGAAGCUCAAACAACCCUCCAAGAAAUCUGUGGCAGUGGCCGUCAAAAGGAAUUGCUUGCACAAGGUGUCAUGAUCCAGAGGUAUAACCAAGUCACCCCAGAUCAAGAACGUCUCGAAAAACAACGUCAACUUCCAUUCCAUAUGCACAUUAACCUCGAACUUCUUGAAUGUGUAUACCUAACCUGCAGUAUGCUUCUCGAAAUUCCUCUAUUUGCACAAACUGGUUCAUCCCCCGAUAUCAAGAAGAGAAUUAUCAGCAAGACAUACAGACGUAUGCUCGAAUAUCAUGAGCGUCAAAUCUUCACUGGACCUCCUGAGAACACUAGAGAUCAUGUCAUGCAAGCAUCAAAGGCGUUAGCUCAAGGUGAAUGGAAAAAGGCAACCGAUUAUAUCCAUUCGAUCAAGAUUUGGGAGCUCAUGUCCAAGCCUGAGGAGAUCAAGACAAUGCUCUCAGCACAGAUUCAAGAAGAAGGUCUCCGAACAUAUCUUUUCACUUACGCUCCUUAUUACGAUACUCUAUCCGUCAACAGACUCUCAUCAAUGUUUGAACUCCCAGACCGAAAGGUUGCUGCCAUUGUUAGCAAGAUGAUUAGUCACGAGGAACUUGCAGCCGCAUUAGAUCAAGUCAACUCUUCAAUUAUCUUCAGAAAGGGUGUUGAGUUGAGCAGACUCCAAAGCUUAGCAUUGAGCCUUAGCGACAAAGCUAGUGGCUUGAUUGAAAGCAAUGAGCGCACACUCGAGACAAGAACACAAGGCACAGCUAAUGCUUUUGAAAGACAAGGUGGCAGAGGUGGACGUGGUGGUAACAGAGGAGGUCGUGGUGGUAACCGUGGUGGACGUGGUGGUAUCUCCAAUGCUCCAAGGCAAGCUGGUGGAACACAAUUCACUGGUGGUGCUUUGGGAGCUGCUGUUGGUAGCAGAGCUUGAAUAUGGAUGGAUGGAUGGAUGUGUUAAUGCAUUGGGAAUGGGUUGCUUACAGCGCUGUAAUUGACCCCAAGGCGUUUUAAUGUAGAGCUUAGGAAAAGCUAGGUUCAUGCUCCACGAAGACAAAAGAAAUGAAGAUAUUUGAUCAUAUUUGAGACUACUUGAAAACUUUUUAUUCU